AAAUCAUCAGAAGAAGAACUCAAGUAAACUACUCUUAACUGUUUUUUUUUCAAAUUGUUUUCUAAGUCAGUUAGCAGAAUGCAAACACAUUGGUUAUAGAAGUUCCCAGCUUCACGGCAUCUUCACUGGAUAACUUUAUUUUGCUAAGGAAUCACAGUGAAUCACGUCUGCAGUUGAAUUCACUCGGCAUUCUUCACUGUCUAACAAUCCAGAAAUGUUCUAAAAAUACCAACAAAAAAUUAUUUCAUUAUAAUGAUAUUUUCACAAUCAUUCUCUCGUGAAACGCCAACGGCUACAUCAACACCAACACCCCCGCCACCGCCGUUCCUGCCACCACCACUUUCCAAUCAUUUUCAGUAUGAUUCAUUUCAGUGUCAUGAAAACUCUUAUCCAAAUACACAGAAGCUGAAUGCAGGAAGUGAGGCGAAUACAUCCUUUCAAAAGCCUCCUAUGGCUACUAGUUUACCCUAUAGACAAGAUCAAGUGUUCCCAUCCCCUCCACCGCAAAAUGAGCGCAGUAAUUUAAUACAAGUAAACGAUUUACAAAUUCAUAAUUUUACAAACACUAAAAGCAUAUUACCGCCUGUAAUUAAUCUACUUACUCCAUGCAGACUACAAAAGAAUCAACUGAUAGACACAAAAAACUCUGAAGUUUCUUGUACUACUUCGUCGUCAUCUUCUUCUGCUGCUGUUUGUUCAGAUCCUCCUCCACUAUACAAUUUUUCAAGAGUGGAGCCUGUGAAAUCAAACUUUCUUGUACAAGAUAUGAGAAAUGAUAUUGGUAAUCCGAGUAAGCAACAAUCACAAACAGAAUACAAAGGCUACAAUAGUAGUCGACAUCAAAAUUCAGAAAUGUAUUCAUGCAGGCAAUUACUAAUGAAUGAACCCCCGAUAACUUCAUUGCCUCAUUCACAGUCAAGUAAACCAAUUAUCUCUACACCAUUAUCAUCAAUUGUUGAAAUACACUCAACCCCUUCAAAUAACCGUUUAAUCAAUUGUAAUAAUACCUCUGGGGAUAGUGAAAGAAUUAAGCGUCCAAUGAAUGCAUUUAUGGUAUGGUCACGUUUACAACGACGUAAAAUGGCUGAAGAAAAUCCAAAGUUGCAUAAUUCUGAAAUAAGUAAACAAUUAGGCAAUUUAUGGAAAUCCCUAACUAAUGCUGAUAAAAUUCCAUUCAUUGAAGAAGCUAACCGACUACGUGAUUAUCAUAUGAAACGUUAUCCAAAUUAUAAAUAUUGUCCACGAAGAAAACGUAAAUCAGCAAAUGUGAAAAGCUUAUCGUCAUCAUUAUCACAGUAUAAAAUGAAAUCAACAACUGAUCUACCAAUAGGAUUAAUUUUAUGCCCAACUCGUACGAAUUCUUUCCAGGCGACAAGAUUAACUACUAGAGUUUCGCAUAUUGUAACGGCAACAACAACAACAACAACACCAACACAACCAUAUCAUAAAAUAUGCGGUCCACUAAUAACGCAUACAAUUAGACCGCAAGAAGUUAUGCGGUAUGAGCCUAAUUAUAAAUCAGAACACUUCAUACUACCGUCGUCAUCAUUGUCAUCAUCUAUUAAAAUGACACAAGUGUACACUACACCGCCUAUAGCGUCAGAUUACUAUCCUCCGGAUAAUAAUACAGCAGCCUACUUCCAGUCAACUGAUGCAAAUUAUACACCUUAUAAAAUUCAGCUGUCGAAUACAUCUCAUCUGAUCAAUGAUAUUCGAAAUAAUUAUACAACAACUGAUUAUAUUGAUGAAAUGGAAUCUUAUCCUCACUUGAAUGUUUGUCAACCUUUCAACACUACCUCUACUUCUAAUAAUAAUAAUAACAACGAUAAUAACAACAUCGUAAAUACAAAUAACCAUGAGACUUCCAUUUACAAUCAUUCACAUUCACCUGAAAUGUAUUCAGGAUUUUUAGAUUCAAUUGAUUUGAAAACAUUUUUCUAAAAAGAAAAACUUAUUCUUCUGAGAUUUUUAUGCCUACUUAUUAGAGAGUGUUGAUUUAAACACAAACAGACAGACAGUAAUGUAGUUUUAUCUUUAGAUUACUAGUAACAUAUCACAGAGACAAAAUUAUCUGUAUUCCUACAAUCUGUUACCUCUUACAAAAUAACAGUGAGAUUUUUGGAAAAAAGUCUUGAAAUUCUUUCAAAUAUUUUGUGGUGUAUUCUCUUUUUUUGGAUGUAAUAAGUGUUGAGUUUAGUGAAUUGACAUAUGUAAGAAGCAAUGAGAUACUAGAUUUCGUCCCAGUUGUUGAAUGAUGGACAUGUUUGGUGUGUCAACUGAAUGUUCUAGUUUCUAUCCUUCCCCGAAGUGGGUGGGGGAUUUCACUGGUGCUUACUGCUGAAGUGCCAAGCAAAACAACUGGACUGUUGGGGUUUAUUUUGGUGCUUCUCUUACUGAUAUCAGUUCAUCAUCUACCUUCAACACCAGAAGACACAAGUUUCUCAACAAAUAUUUUGAAAUUAGCAACUUUUCUUCUCAAAUUAACUCUUUGUAUUUAAGUAGACGAUAUUUUCAGGGUAUUUCUUUUCAGAAGAUGUCUUUAAAAGUGUUUAGAUUUUAUUAUUAUUAUUAUUAUAAUAACCUCAUCGUAAUGUGAAUUGUUCCACUCAGGGUCGACGAGUCGCUACUCGUAUCUUAGUGAUUUUUAAUGUUCUUUUUUCCAUCAUUCUUUGUACAUUUUUUACAAAUUAAUAUGAUGAAUGCAAAUUUUAAAAAAUCUUAAAUAUUUACCAACUUCGAUGGCUGCAGUGCGAAGCUGUACUGUCAAACAUUUUCUGACUGUAUUCAAGUGUCAGUAUUUAGUAAUAUUCAACUUGAGUUAACUUGUGUCCACGUGUGUGUGUGAGAGAGAGUGAAAGACAUGAUUUAUUUGGUCAAAAUAAAUUUGAUUUGUCUUUCUU